AUGUCGGUUACUGUAGACGGCCUCGCGUCGCUCUUCCAUGGAUGCCGCAAGCUAAGGGAACUCCGGCUAUUCACCACCAACGACCUCCCUCAUCUCCCGGCGUCCCUCUCGCUCCUCACGGAUCUCCAAACCCUCCACGUGUGCUCGCAUACUCGCUAUGGCCACCACUCGUUACAGGAGCUCGUUUCGCCGCCCGAGAGCAUCGGCGCGCUGCAGCAGCUGCGCGAGUUGGGGAUCGGCGCACUCCCUCCCACCCCGUCAUCGCUUCUCCUUCCCCACCACCUGUUGCCUCACCCUCCCACCCACCUCGUCAUCGCCUCUCCCUCCCACCUUUCCAUCGCUGCUCCCUCCCACCCUGCCAUCCACUUUCCAUUCCACCCCGCCAUCCCCUCUCCCUCCCACCGCGCCGUCGCCGCUCCCUCCCUCCCGCCGUCGCCUCUCCGUUCCUCCCGCCGUCGCCUCUCCCUCCUCCCCGCCGUCGCCUCUCCCUCCUCCCCGCCGUCGCCUCUCCCUCCUCCCCGCCGUCGCCUCUCCCUCCUCCCCGCCGUCGCCUCUCCCUCCUCCACGCCGUCGCCUCUCCCUCCUCCCCGCCGUCGCCUCUCCCUCCUCCCCGCCGUCGCCUCUCCCUCCUCCCCGCCGUCGCCUCUCCCUCCUCCCCGCCGUCGCCUCUCCCUCCUCCCCGCCGUCGCCUCUCCCUCCUCCCCGCCGUCGCCUCCUCCCCGCCGUCGCCUCUCCCUCCCACCCCGUAGUCGCCUCCGGCGACAGGUGCACGGGCGCAACCGCGAGUUGGUGCGCGAGCGCGGGUUGGUGCGAGAGCGUGGGUUGGUUUCUGGCACCGUGGUUAUCAGAACGAGAGGGGUUCGCGAGGAGAGCGUGCGCACGAGAGCGAGCACGCAAGAGAUUGCGUGUGAGAGCCAAGAGAGGGUGGUAGAGCGUGCAGGUGGGAGCGUGGGAUGGAGAGGCAGGAGCGAAAGUAUCCGUGCGCGCUUGUGCCAUAGGCACUUGCGCUUAGGCGCUUGCGCCGUGGGGGCGCGAUUCGAGGGUGCUGGCACCGUGGGCGAGUGA